UUUAAUAUCCGAUUAUUAUAAUUUAUUUUGUCAAUCAGUAUUUUCCUUAUCAAUGUUUAUCAGUGUAUUAAAAGUGCCACAAAAAAACAAUUUUUCUCAUAAAUAUUAGUCUUUAAAAUACUAUUCUCGGGGUAUUUUCUGAAGUAAUGCGGUUCUGAAAAAUUUGACCCAUUUUAAAUGACGAUCUCUUAAAUAUUAUUCCUAAUAGAUAUUGUUCUAUGAUAGACUAUUUUUGUAAUUCCGCAAGUUAUAGUGUUAUCUUAAUUUUUAUUGGCGAUUAAACUUAUUAAAGAAUGAAAAAUUGUUGAAUCUCAUUAUUUUGUGCAUUUAUAUCAAAAUAAUUGAUAAAUUUGAUUAUAUUUACGAUUGCAAGUGUAUAACCUAUUCUGUGAUUUUCUGAUAAUUAAGUUAUAACUUUUAUUUUAUUUACAAAUUUCAUGAUGAAAUAUAUGUCAACUAUUGAAAAUUAUACUUCUUAAGAUUUUUUUACAGUAAUGAUGAGAAGUGUUUAUUUACUUUUCUUCAUUUUUACAUUAAGAACUGUUUUAUCUUCAAUUCACAAGAAUCUCAGAUAUUUUGAAACGUUGCAUGUUUCUGAAUUUUCCCAUAAUAUUGUAAAGCGUGGAACAACUGAUAGUCCCCAUCCAUUGAAUAAAAUUAAAGAAGUAUCUUUUACCACAUUAGGAAAAGAUUUUAGAUUAAUUUUAUCACCAAAAAAGGGUUUACUUCAUCACCAAUUUGAAGCUAUAACAGUUGAUGCAGAAGGUGUUGAAACUCCAGUUGCAGUGGACCAUGAAAACUUUUAUGAUGGUCGUGUUUUUGGGGAGACUACUUCAUAUGCUAAUGUACAUUUAGAUGAUGGUGUGAUGACUGCUAUUAUUGAUAUACCAGGAGAAACCUAUCACAUUGAACCAUCUUGGAGACAUUUGCCUGAUAAAGAUAAUAAAACAAUGGUCACAUACAAAGCAUCAGAUAUCCGUUUAAGUUGGGAACAUUCAGGUCAAAAACAACAUAAACCUUGUGCUUAUGUAAAAGAAGAUGCAGAAGUAGAAACUGUAGAUGACGAUGAUGAUCAAAAAAAUAGCCUGCAUUCUAUUUCUAGAACUAAGCGUGAUACUGACUCAUAUGAUUACAUGGUAACUCCAACAAGAACCCGAUGUCCUUUAUUGUUAGUUGCAGAUUAUAGAUUUUUUAGAGAAAUGGGAGGAGGUGAUACAAAAACAACAAUUAAUUACUUAAUAAGUUUAAUUGAUCGUGUGCAUAAAAUAUACAAUGAUACUUUGUGGUUGGAAAGACAAGAAUCUGAUGGAUUUAGAGGUAUGGGUUUCGUUAUAAAAAAAAUUACUGUACACAGUGAUCCAACCAAAGUACGCAGUUCAGAAGAUCAUUACAAUAUGGUUAGAGAAAAGUGGGAUGUGCGGUCUUUACUUGAGGAAUUUUCAAAGGCAAAAGACAUAUCAAAUUAUUGUUUAGCUCACUUGUUUACUCAUCAAGCUUUCAAAUCAAAACAGUCAUCAGUUUUGGGCCUUGCAUAUAUAGCCUCUCCGAGAAGUUAUGCAUAUGGUGGCAUAUGUAGUCCUGAAUAUUUCAAAAACGGUUAUACGUUAUAUUUAAACUCUGGUCUUAGUUCAAGUCGUAACCAUUAUGGCCAACGUGUUAUCACGAGAGAAGCAGACUUAGUUACUGCUCAUGAAUUUGGUCAUAAUUGGGGUUCAGAACAUGAUCCUGACAUCACUGAAUGCAGUCCAACUGCAAGUCAAGGUGGAUCCUUUCUUAUGUAUACAUAUAGUGUUAGUGGAUAUGAUAUCAAUAAUAAGCGCUUUUCUCCAUGUAGCUUAAGAUCUAUUAGAAAAGUAUUACAAGCAAAAUCUGCUCGUUGUUUUUCUGAGCCAGAAGAAUCAUUUUGUGGAAAUUUAAGAGUUGAAGGUAAUGAAGAGUGUGAUGCUGGAUUGUUGGGUACUGAGGAUAAUGAUAAUUGUUGUGAUAAAAAUUGUAAACUAAGAAGAGCUCAAGGUGCUCGUUGCAGUGAUAAAAAUUCACCUUGUUGUCAAAAUUGUCAAUUCAUGGCAUCUGGAGUGAAAUGUCGAGAGGGUCAAUUUGCUACAUGUGAACAAGAGUCACGCUGCACAGGUACUGGAGCUGAAUGUCCUAAGAGUCCACCUAUGGCUGAUGGCACAGGUUGUUUAGAAAGAGGUCAAUGUCGUUCAGGAAAAUGUAUUCCAUUUUGUGAAACACAAGGGCUUCAAAGUUGCAUGUGUGAUACAAUAUUGGAAUCUUGUAAACGAUGCUGUCGUAUCAAUUUGAAUGCUACAUGUUAUCCUGUAGAUCCUCUUGAUGAUUUACCUGAUGGAACACCUUGUAUUCAAGGAUUUUGUAAUAAGGGUUUGUGUGAAAAAACUAUUCAAGAUGUUGUUGAAAGAUUUUGGGAUAUUAUCGAAGAAAUAAAUGUCAAUAAAAUGUUACGAUUUUUUAAAGAUAACAUUGUUGGGACUGUAAUAUUAGUAACUGGUUUAAUUUGGGUCCCAGCUUCUUGUAUAAUUAAUUGGUUAGAUCACAAACGUGUUAAAGAAGCUCGUGACAAAAGGAAAUGGGAAAAUCAAAACAAUUUUGUUCAAAUGUCGAACGAUGCUAAACCAAAAAAAAUAAUUUAUAUCAAAGUACCUGCGAAUCGUAAUGGAAAUAUCAAAGAUGAUCAAAAUAUGUAAUAUAUUGUUAACUUCAUAUAAAGUUAAAUUAUUUAUUGAUUCAUUUAAUAUUUUAUGUUUAAUUAUAUAAAACUAUUAUCUUAAAAAUCAAAUUUAGUUUGUAAUUAAACUGAAGUGAUUAAUUUAUAAAUUUUGAAAAUUCUAGUCAUGUUUAUGUGCUAUAUUUACAUUAUACAUUCUAUACAUUU